CGCGCCCGCGGGGCCCCGCGCAGCGGGCGGCUCCGCGCGGCGGAUGCGUGUGCAUGAGCGCUGCAGCGAGCGGGCGCAGGAAGCGCCCCCGCUCCGCCGCCUCCAUCUUCCAGGGCAGCAAGAGCCCGCCGGGCGGCCGCGACGCUGAACGCCGGGGCAGCGGCUCCGAGAGCGCCCAGCAGACCCAGAGAGCCCUGGACGACUGCAAAAUGCUUGUCCAGGAGUUCAAUACCCAGGUGGCUCUGUACCGGGAGCUGGUCAUUUCCAUUGGGGAUGUCUCAGUCACCUGUCCAUCUCUACAUGCCGAAAUGCACAAGACUCGAACCCGAGGAUGCGAGAUGGCCUAUCAGGCUCAUCAAAAACUAGCAGCAAUUUCUGGCCCAGAAGACGGUGAAAUUCAUCCUGAAAUCUGUAGAUUAUACAUCCAGUUGCAGUGUUGCCUAGAAAUGUACACAACAGAAAUGCUUAAAUCCAUAUGUCUGCUAGGAUCCCUUCAGUUUCAUCGGAAAGGAAAAGAGCCUUGUGCACCACCCAAGGUCCUAGACACUAAAGUGGAGGAGAGUUCUGAAGUACCUAUUUUAGAAGACACGUCGUCAUCUCCAACAGAUAUUCAACAGCAUUUAUGGCAAGUUUCCACAGAUAUUGAGAACACUGACAGAGAUAUGAGAGAAAUGAAAAACCUUUUAAGCAAACUCAGGGAGACUAUGCCUUUACCACUGAAAAAUCAAGAUGAUAGCAGCCUCCUAAACUUGACUCCUUACCCAUUAGUAAGACGACGGAAGCGAAGAUUCUUUGGACUGUGUUGUCUUGUGUCCAGUUAAAAGUACAGAUUAAGUACAGAAAUGACAAUAAAAUCGUAACUUUGAUUAAACCACUAUCAUUUGAUCACUGCAAAGAUGAACGUUACUAUUCUUGAUUAUAAAGUAUAUUUUCUACACUAGCCUGUUCCUUUUUCUCUUCUGCUCCAUCCCCGUUUUCAAAAUAAAGAGUUUUAACAAUUUAAAGUUACGGUGUUCAAGAAUCAGUUGUGGAACAAAUCUAGCAUAACUAAGAAUGUUUCUAAAACUUUUUAAAAUAUGUUUUGCAUGCUUAAAUGACUCAAAGAAAGACACAUGCAUUAUGUUUAAUAGAUCAUUUUUAAUUUUUUAUUGUUUGAACUACAGCUAAAAGUUUGUGCAUAGUACAGUAUUCAUUAGUAUCACAUUAAAAUACUUGGUCAUAUUCUAAUGGUCUUUAAGCAUAGAAAGCUAUUUAAUAGCAAAAGUAUUAAAGUUCUAAAACAUUUAGACAAUAUUGUAACAGAAUUUGCACAAAAUCUACAGUUGCUUUUUGUGCUCUCAUUCAUAUUUAGUCUUCCACUCUAUCUCAAUCUAAAAGCUUCAUAGAAAAAUAUCUUAAUUUAUGAUACACAAACCAUAUAAAAAUAUUUAGAUCUUGUAAAUACAGAGAAAUUAUAAUAUCAACAUACUGUACAAUGCAUAGAAAUAAUAAAUUUCCUUUUAAGUCAAUGGUAUCUCUCCAACCUUUUGGAAAAAAAAUAGCUAUUUAUUAAAAGCAGAUGUUGUAAAAUAAAGUUACCCUACAAUGUACUACACACCACUAACCCAUUUUGUUUCCAAUAGAAUUUAAAGCAUGGUGUCUACGUAUCACUGUUAACUCUUAUAGGGCAUGCCAGAAUUAGCUCAGAUUGUAAGAUAUUAAACAUUUUACAUUGUUAAUAAAGUUUUUUAUUUAAAUUAAA